UGCAAUGCAGUGAGUAUGGCAAUGCUCCAAGGGCUUUCCAUGAAAGUCCCUUCACAUGUUGUUGUUGACAUGUGGCGCCAAAUCCAAAUGUGAUGCAGUGCUCACUGCUCACAUCGGCGGUAUGACGAGGAGAACGUAUAUCCUCGUCAUACCACCAACUUAUCCUGGAUAAGUCACAACCAACAAAAAAAACGAAAACACCCCUCCUGACCCCGUCUCAAUAUGAUUAUUGUUCAGCUUCAGCUCACUCACGUGUUGGAAAGGUUUGCUUAUCCAGCUGGCGAGUUGAGGAUUACCACGCGGGUCUAAGGUGCGCCGCGCGGAGGAUAUAAAAGCUGGUGGUGAGCGAAGCUAGUCGUCUUUACGCUCGAAGCCAGCGGGGCCAUCGGAGGAGAGCGGGGAAAUAAAAUCAGACAAUCAGUGUUUCGUUCCCACGAGAAAUUGUUCAAUUGUAGGACCUUCUUGAAAGUUGUUUUGAAAGCAUGUCAGUCGUGAGCUCCCUGUCGUUCCCGAAGCCGCUCCACAUGCGCUCUCCAGUGUCGCAGGGACGUCGACACACUUUGCCCGCCAGCGAGUUUCGCUCCCUCAGCCCGGAGGACGCCAUCAGCGUGUUUGAGAUCGAGAGAGAAGCAUUCAUCUCCGUAUCGGGGGAAUGUCCUCUCCUGCUGGAUGAGGUACGUCAUUUCCUCACGCUGUGUCCCGAGUUGUCACUGGGCUGGUUCGAGGAGGGACGUCUGGUGGCUUUCAUCAUCGGCUCACUGUGGGACCGGGAGAGACUUAACAUGGAUGCGCUAACCCUCCACAAGCCGCACGGCAUGACGGUCCACAUCCACGUCCUGGCUGUCCACCGCACGUUCCGUCAACAGGGGAAAGGUUCCAUCCUGAUGUGGCGCUACCUGCAGUACCUCCGCUGUUUGCCGUACGUUCGGCGGGCUGUGCUCAUGUGCGAAGACUUCCUGGUUCCCUUCUACCAGAAGUCCGGCUUCAAGGUGCAGGGCCCCAGUGAGAUCACAGUGGGGCCGCUCACCUUCAUUGAAAUGUUCUACCCGGUCAGAGGUCAUGCCUUCAUGCGGCGCAACAGUGGAUAUUGACACUUGGGACUUGAGACUUGACUUGGUAUUUCUCAGGAUGGAUGCCAGGGGCGGGCCCCUGGUUGGGAAAGAAACAGUUGGAGUGGACGUCAGGCUCAGUGAUCAUCUCUUUGAGCUAGAGCAAGGUGACGAACUCACUGUGCCUUUGACGAGGAAUAAAGCGUUUGCCAACUAAGCGAGUUAAAAAGGAAAAAAAAAACAUUUGAAAGAAAUCCAAGGUUAAAAGAAUGCACUCAUUGGGAAAAUAUUAGAAAGGUUUUAUAUUUUGUUUGUCAUUUUAAUGUUUUCAUGUUGCAUUUUGAUAAAUGCUGGACAUUACUAUCAGUCUAGUAGGUAUAGUGGACAGAUGUCCCAAUACUUUUGUCAAUUUAGUUUACCUGAGAAAUGCAGCCCACAAGUCUAUGAAGAUGCUGGCCAAUUGAGAUUAAAAAAAAAAAAAAAACAAUUAAAGCUUAUAGAAAGGAGCAUGAUAAUCAAUAUGAUCCAAGUAGAACUUACAUAUCUGUAAAAGCAUCUUGCCUUCUCCAUUGAAGAUAUUCAUCAUCGGUGCCUCCUGAAGUCUUGAAUCAAGACAA